UUAUUUCCCAAAACGCAGAAAACUCAGUUGCCGUUUUCUGCCGUCAAUCAAAUCAAUGGCUUCCAGCAACAUUCAUCGAAACGGCACCCAGAGAGGAAUCAUUAGCAACAAGUUCGAUCGCCCUCUCAAGCCCCGCCACCGCCCUCCCUCUCCGGGAUCCACUUUCCGCCGUAACUCCUCCGCCCCCCGCAACGCCGACGCCGUGCCUGGAAGAGUUCGAGUGGCAGUGAGAUUGAGACCUCGAAAUGCUGAAGAAAUGAUAGCAGAUGCUGAUUUUGCUGACUGUGUCGAACUGCAACCAGAGCUUAAGAGGUUGAAACUUCGUAGAAACAACUGGGAUUCUGACACAUACGAAUUUGAUGAGGUGCUUACUGAAUAUGCAUCACAGAAACGUGUCUAUGAAGUUGUGGCUAAGCCAGUUGUUGAGAGUGUUCUUGAUGGCUACAAUGGCACUGUAAUGGCUUAUGGUCAAACCGGAACGGGGAAAACAUUUACUCUUGGAAGUUUGGGGGAAGGAGACACCUCUGAUCGUGGUAUAAUGGUUCGUUCGAUGGAGGAUAUUUUUGCCGAAUUGUCUCCAGAUACAGAUUCCAUCACUGUCUCAUAUCUGCAGCUUUACAUGGAGACUCUCCAGGACCUGCUUAAUCCAGUAAAUGAUAAUAUUCCUAUAGUGGAUGAUCCUAGAACUGGUGACGUAUCUUUGCCUGGAGCAACACUUGUAGAAAUCAGGGACCAGCAGAGUCUUCUGGAGUUACUAAGAGUCGGGGAAGCUAAUCGGAUUGCUGCUAACACAAAGUUGAAUACAGAAUCUUCCCGUAGUCACGCUAUUCUCAUGGUACAUAUUAAGAGGUCUGUCAUGGAUAAUGAAGAUAUCGAAUCUAGUGAAAAUGGUGGUGAUACACCAAACUUUAUUACUAAACCUUCAAAACCACUUGUUAGGAAGAGCAAGCUAGUUGUGGUGGAUUUAGCUGGUUCAGAGCGUGUCCAUAAGUCAGGAAGUGAAGGACACAUGCUAGAAGAAGCCAAAUCAAUCAACCUUUCACUUAGUUCACUGGGAAAGUGCAUUAAUGCUCUAGCAGAGAACAGUGCUCAUGUUCCAUUUCGUGAUUCAAAGCUUACCAGGAUGCUUCGAGAUUCUUUUGGAGGCACAGCAAGGACAUCAUUGAUUGUGACCAUUGGCCCAUCUCCACGUCACCGAGGAGAGACUUCUAGCACCAUAUUAUUUGGCCAAAGGGCUAUGAAAGUUGAAAAUAUGCUGAAAAUUAAGGAGGAGUUUGAUUAUAAAAGCUUGUCUCGAAAGCUUGAGGUGCAGUUGGAUAAGCUUAUUGCAGAAAAUGAAAGGCAGCAAAAAGCUUUUGAUGACGAAGUUGAAAAAAUAAACUUGGAAGCACAAUGUCGUAUUGCUGAGGUUGAGAGGAAUUUUGCAGAUGCAUUAGAGAAAGAGAGAUUGAAAUGCCAGAUGGAGUACAUGGAAUUGGUAAAGGAGCUGGAGCAGAAAUUAGUGUUAAAUCAAGAAAGACAUGAUUGUAAUCGUUUUGUGGCUGAUUGUGGCGAGGGACCUGCAUCAUCUUCUGCAGAUGUGUCUGAGCUCAAAAUGUUGCUUGAAAAAGAAAAUAAGCAAAGAAAGGCAGCUGAAGAAGAGUUAGAACGUCUAAAAGGUCAGCUAGGGAAACAUACCCGAUCAGAGGGAGGAGAGGAUCUGGAGGUUAUUAAGCUGCGCAACUUCCUUGAGGAUGAGGCUAAUCAGAAAAAGAAGCUUGAAGAAGAGAUAAUAAUAUUAAGAAGUCAAUUAUUGCAAUUGAACUUUGAAGCUGACCAGAUGAGAAGGUGUUUGGAAAGUGGUAGCUCAGGGAGCUCAUUUCCCUCCAUUGAUCCUUCCAUGACACAUGUUAGGCAUUCCCAGCUCAAAGACACUGGGAAUGGUCCAAAGUCUUCAGUCACUACUCUCUUUGAGCAAGUUGGAUUGCAAAAGAUUUUGUCAUUGCUGGAGUCAGAUGAUGCCAAUAUGCGAAUUCAUGCUGUGAAAGUGGUGGCCAACCUAGCAGCUGAAGAGGCUAAUCAAAAAAGAAUUGUGGAAUCUGGUGGUCUCACUUCCUUAUUGAUGCUUCUUAGAAGAUACGAGGAUGAGACUGUUCGCCGAGUGGCAGCUGGGGCAAUUGCCAAUCUUGCUAUGAAUGAAGCAAACCAAGAACUUAUCAUGGCAGAAGGAGGAAUAACUCUCUUAUCAAUGACAGCGUCUGAUGCUGAAGAUCCACAAACUCUUCGAAUGGUUGCUGGGGCAAUCGCUAACCUUUGUGGAAAUGAUAAAAUAUUGAUGAAGCUGAGAUCUCAAGGAGGUAUCAAGGCUUUACUAGGAAUAGUUAGAUGUGGGCAUCCCGAUGUUCUAUCCCAAGUCGCACGAGGAAUAGCUAACUUCGCAAAAUGCGAAUCUCGAUCAUCUAAUCAAGGGAUAAAAAGUGGUCGAUCUUUCUUGAUAGAAGAUGGUGCACUACCUUGGAUAGUACAAAAUGCUAAUAACGAGGCUGCACCCAUCAGGCGUCAUAUUGAGCUUGCGCUCUGCCACUUGGCACAACAUGAAGUGAAUGCAAAAGACAUGAUUAGCGGAGGAGCUCUUUGGGAGCUUGUCCGGAUUUCAAGGGAUUGUUCACGAGAGGACAUUCGCAGUCUUGCUCGCCGGACUCUCAGUUCUAUCCCGACAUUCAAAUCUGAACUGCGACGACUGCGGAUAGAAUGUUGAUUACAGGUCUGCAUGGAACUACAUUUUUAUUCUUGUUCCACAUUUUGUGAAACAGAACUACCGGUACUUAAUAAUUCUUCUUGGUGGCAUAUGGGGUAGAUGUAUACCUUGCUAGUUUUGCUUUGGGAGAAGCAGGGUUAAGCAUGUAAUUUGUAAUGAUAUCUAGCCAUUACUGACCUAGAAUGUUUGUAUAUCGAAUAUUGAUAGAAGGGAAAGUAGAUGACAAAUGGGUUUCUGCACGGUAGAGAGGGAAGUUGAUAUUAUGUUCAGUCAAACAUGGGUUUGUCAAAGAUUUGACCAACUCUUAGUUAUAUGGAGCUCAUAUUGUAUGUAAUAUUGAAAUUGAUUGAUUCAUGUAAGUAAUGAAAU